AUGUUCUAUUUGGUGUUGGGUGAACCGUAUCGAAUGAAAGAAGAGGGACAAAUUGCGUUUUUGGUGAGAGAUUUGGGGGAGGCAGGGGGGAAAGAAAGAAUCGAAAAUUACAAGAACUCACAAAAUUAUACAAUUUUUUUGAAAUAGUGAAAUUUUUUUGUUGAAAAAAAUUGAUAAUCCAAAAAAACAAAUAAAUUGAAAAUUGAAAAAUUAUACAGAUUUUUGAAACAGUGAUUUCUUUCAUCAAUCCCAUUAAAAAUCUAGAUUUUAACAAAAAUUUUAAAAAUUGUUCGAAACAGUGAUUUUUUUGAGACCAGAAACCGAAAUGAAUCAUAAAGACGAGAAUUUAUGAAAUUAACACAUUUUUCUGAAACAGUGAAUUUUUUUCGUUGAAAAAUUUAGAAUUCUUUGUGAAUUGAAAUUGCCACGUGGAUUUUGAAUAAAUCAUUGAAAAGGUUUUGAAAAAUGAAAAUUAUACAAUUUUUUUGAAACAGUGAAAUUUUUUUGGGAAAAAAUUUGGAUUCUUGGUUAAUGAAAAUUGAAUUUUGAGUUUUGAAACAAGAACAAUUAUAAAAAGAAUUUUGAAACAGUACAUUUAUUCAACGACCUUAUUAAAAAUCUAGCUUUUCACAAAAUUAUACAAAUUUUUUGAAACAGUGAAUUUUUUUCGUUGAAAAAAUUGGGAUUCUUGAUUAAUUAAAAUUGCCACGUGGAUUUUGAAUUUGAAUAUUCUAAAACCAAAUAUCAACAAGUUUUGAAAAAUGAAAAAUUAUACAAUUCAUUUGAAACAGUGAAUUUUUUUUGUUGAAAUUUUCAACUUGAAAAAAAUUGGUUUCUAAAUAUAUUAAUUCUCUGUUAAUUAAAAUUGCCACGUGGAUUUUGAAAAACAAAAAAAAAUUGAAUUUUCCGAAGCCAAAAUGCCACGUGGCAUAUAUUUUUGAAGUGAAAUGAUUAUUUUUCAAUUAAAAUGGCAAUGUGAAUUUUGCAAGUAGAAAACAAAAGCUGAUCAAAAAUUUUGGAGACUCGAAAAAAUUAUAAGAAAUUUUUGAAACAGUGAUUUUUUUUUUGAAAAAAAUGGGGUAAUGGAUCAUAAAUACAAGAAUUUAUGAAUUUAUGACAUUUUUCUGAAACAGUGAAUUUUUUUUGGGAAAAAAAUUUGAAUUUUAAUUUGAAAGUUACUUAAAGUUUCCACGUGGAUUUUGAAUUUCGUCAUCGCAAAGAUUCAUCGAUUAACGAUUUUGAAAAUUGAAAAAUUUUAAAACAAAUUUGAAACAGUGAAAUUUUUUCAUUGAAAAAAAAUGUCCACGUUUUGAACUUGCUGACAAAAUUAUGCAAUUCAAUUGAAACAUUGAAUUUUUUGUUGAAAAAAUUGGGAUUUUUUGUAAAUUGAAAUUGCCACAUGGAUUUUGAAUUGCAUUCCAUUAAAAAUCAAUAUCAACAAAUUUUGAAAAAUGAAAAAUUAUAUAAAUUUUUUGAAACAGUUAUUUUUUUUUGUUGAAAAAAUUAGAAUUAUUUUUUUAAUGAAACGUGGAUUUGGAAUAGAUAUCUCACAAUUGUCAAUCGAAAGAUCAACAAGUUUUGAAAAAUGAAAAUUAAACAAUUUUUCUGAAACAGUGAAUUUUUUGUUGAAAAAAAAUUGGUUUCUAAAUAUAUAAAUUCUUCGUAAAUUGAAAUUGUCAGGUGGAUUUAGAAAAUCAAAAAAAAUUGAAUUUUCCAAAGCCAAAAUGCAACGUGGCAUAUAUUUUUGAAGUUAAAUGUCAACGCCAAUUUUGCAGGUAUAAAACAAAAGAGGAUCAAAAAUUUUGGAAACUCGAAAAAAUUAUAAGAAAUUUUUGAAACAGUGAAAUUUUUUUGUUGAAAAAAUUAGAAUUCUUUGUUAAUUAAAGCUUCCACGUGGACUUUGAAUUGCAUUUCGUUAAAAAUCAUAAUCAACAAGCUUUGAAAAAUCGAAAAAUUUUACAAAAUAUUUGAAACAGUGAUUUAAAAGAUCUUAUUAGAAAUCUAGAUUUUCACAAAAUUAUACAAUUUUGUUGAAACAGUGAAAUUUUUUGUUGAAAAAAUUUGGAUUCUAAAUAGAUUAUUUCUAUGUUAAUUAAAAUUGCCACGUGGAUUUACAUUUCUUACAUUUUUUAUUAAAUUUCUCGAUUAACCAUGAUCAAAAAGUUCUGAAAAUUAUGCAAAUUUUUUGAAACAGUGAAAUUUUUAUCCAAAAAUUAUCAGAUUUUAGAAACCCUCUCAUUUGUUAUCAAAACAUCCCAUUUCCAAUUUUUUUCCAGAAAUUCAGCAAAGUCGCCUUGGAUAUUUCGGAUGUUUCAAGUAAAUCAAUAGCAAAAUUGAUUCAAGAAUGUACUUUGGAUGAUCCAGAAAUGCGUCCGAAUUUCAGUCAAUUAACAAUUGAACUUCGAAAAAAGUUUGCGAAUUAUGAAAAAUUGGCAUCGAAUUCGAAACAGAGAAAGAGAUUUGAGAAAGAGAGAAAUGAGUGUAAAAGGAUUUAUCAGUGGGUUUUUUUUGGGAGGGAAAAAUUCACUGUUUCAAAAAAAUUUUUAUUAAAAAUUUUGGGGAUCAAUUUUCAAUGAUUCUAGUUUUGUAAGAGUCACAAAAAUUUCAGAAAAAAAUUUGAGCUCAAAAAAGCUCCAAAUUUUGUCCAAAAAUAAAAGAAAACUUUUAUUUUUACAUGAAAAAAAUUCACUGUUUCAAAAAUGUUUCAUAAAACUUUUUGGGAUACAUCUUUCAAUUUUCUAGUUUUUUCGAGACUCACAAAAAUCUGUAUUUUUGAGCUCCAAAAUGCUCCAAAUUGUGCCAAAAAAAAACAGAAAAUAGAUUUUUUACAUGAAAAAAAUUCACUGUUUCAAAAAAGUUUCAUAAAAAAUUUUUGGGGAUCAAUUUUCAAUGUUUCCAGUUUUUUACGUAACUCAAAAAAAUUCCAGAAAAAAAAUUUGAGCUCAAAAAUGCUCCAAAUUCUAUCCGAAAAUUACAGAAAAUAUUUAUUUUUACAAGAAAAAAAGUCACUGUUUCAAAAAAUUUUCAUAAAACUUUGGAGAUACUUUUUUCAAUUAACUUUUUCUAACAUAAAAUUAAUUUUCGAAAUUCAAAAAAAUUCCCCAUUUUUUCUCCAGAAAUCUGCUUCCCUCAGUUUCCCUCGAAACUAUUCAAACAUCAAUCGAAAUCAGUGAUGAAGAAGAAAAUUUAAAUCAAAAUUCUUCAAAACACUCUUCAUUUUCUCAAAAUUCUCAAGAAAAUCGAUAUGAAAAUAACAAUUUUGAAGAAGAUGAUGAAGAAAAUCGAGACUAUCAGGAAAUUUUGGAUACAAAUUCGAAUCCCAGGCUUGAAAAGUGAGUUUUAGCCGAAAUUUGGGCACGGAAAAUUCAAUAUUUUUUCAGAAAACGCUUCCGGCAACUUACAACAACUCUGGCUUCAAAGGUGAGUUUUGGAGGGGCGAAAAUUUAUUUUCCACGUGGAUUUCUUGGCGUGAAAAUUAAAAGUUGAAUUCAUAAGAAGGUUUUUAUUAGAAAUUCAAUUUUGAAUUUUCAGAAAUCAAAAUUUUGAAACAGUGAACUUUUUUUUUGAAAAAAAUAAUUUUUUGCUCUAAAAAUUUUUGCCACGUGGAUUUCAGAAACUUUGGAAUUUUUCGGGGUCCAAUUUUAUAUGAAAUUUUGCCACGUGGCAUUUUAGGCACAGGCAUAAAUUGCUGACUUUUUUCCUGCUGGCUCUGCCCCAUGCCACGAUUACACGUUUCACGUUUUUUAAAUAAUUUUUUCGAUUUCAUCUUUUUUUCUUCACUAAAUUUCGAAAUGCAAAAAAUCAGAAAUAAUUUUUGCUUGAAAAAAAACGUGCCGCACCUUGCCAAAGAAAUCCCGCCUCCCGAUUCACGCCAGAAUUUGUUUUUUCUGCGACAGGAAUUUCUGAAUUAAAAAAGUCAAGAAUUUAUGCCUGUGUAGGGAUAUAUUUUUAAUUGUAAGCUUGCAUUUUUUUCAAUUGAAAAAAAAUUGAGGAGCUUUCAAAAAGCCAAAUUUUGAAACAGUGAUUUUUUUUUUGAAAAAAAAAUCGCUUAAAAUUUUUGCCACGUGGAUUUUUUGAUAUAAUCUAUAUGGAUUUGUACUCCAAACGUAAAAAUUCCAGCAGUUUUUCAGAAACCCAAAUUUUGAAACAGUGAUUUUUUAUUUUUUGAAAAAAGUGUUGCAUUAAAAAUUCCGGUUAACAGCUCAUUAGAAAUGUAGUUUGUCAAAAUGUCAAAAUUUUGAGUUCUAUCAGAAAUUGAAUUUUGAAUUUUUAGUAGUCAAACUGUUGAAACAGUGGAUUUUUUUUUUUGAAAAAAAAAUAUUUUUGCUCUAAAAAUUUUUCCACUUUCACAAACUUUGGAAUUUUCGUGGUCCAAUUUUAUAUGAAAUUUUGCCACGUGGCAUUUUAGGGAUAAAUUUUUAAUUGUAAGCUUGACUAUUCUAAUGAAAAAAAUUGAGGAACUUUUAGAUAUCCAAAUUUUGAAACAGUGAUUUAAAAAAAAUUUUUUUCAAUUUUUGCCACGUGGAUUUUUAGGUAUGAUAAUUAUCUGAUGAACUUCAAACGUAAAAAUUCCAGGAGUUUUUCAUAAACCCAAAUUUUGAAACAGUGAAUUUUAUUAUUUUUUAGAAAAAAGUUUUGCAUUGAAAAUUAUAGUAGCACAAAUAUUAGAAAUUUAAUUUUGAAUUUUGAGAAAUUAAAUUAUUGAAACAGUGAGUUUUUUGAGAGAUUCAAGUUGAAAAUUUCAAAAUUUCAGAAAAAUGUUAUUCGCCAAUCGAAAAUCAACCCGAGACUUAUUAGAAAUCCAAAAUUUGAAACAGUGAACUUUUUUUUGAAAAAAUAAUAAUGAAUCUAUGUAUGUCUAGAAUGAUUUUCCACAUUUUACAGAAAAUAUAUUUUUCAUGUGCCGAUUGAAAACCAAUCCGACAUUUAUUAGAAAACCAAAAUUUUGAAACAGUGAACUUUUUUUUGAAAAAAUAAUAAUGAAUCUAUGUAUGUCUAGAAUGAUUUUCCACAUUUUACAGAAAAUAUAUUUUUCAUUUGCCGAUUGAAAACCAAUCCGACAUUUAUUAGAAAUCCAAAAUUUGAAACAGUGAACUUUUUUUUGAAAAAAUAAUAAUGAAUCUAUGUAUGUCUAGAAUGAUUUUCCACAUUUUACAGAAAAUAUAUUUUUCAUGUGCCGAUUGAAAACCAAUCCGACAUUUAUUAGAAAACCAAAAUUUUGAAACAGUGAAUUUUUAUUUUUAUUUUUUUUUCGAAAAAGUGUUGCAAAAAUUUGCGGCAUAUUAGAAAAUUAAUAUUGAAUUUUCAGAAAUCAAAUUGUUGAAACAGUGAAUUUUUAAGAGAUGCAAGUUGAAAAUUUCAAAAUUUGGAUGCUAAAAUUAAUUUACGGCACAAAAAUAAUCCUAACUUGAAUGCCAUCAUUGUUUAUCGGCCGAUUGAAAAACAUUCCACAAUUUUUAGAAAUCUAAAUUUUGAAACAGUCAAAUUUUUUCAAAAAUUUUUGCCAUGUGGAUUUUUAGAUAUAUCAAUAUGCGUUGAACUUCAAACGUAACAAUUCCAGUAGUUUUUCAGAAACCCAAUUGUCAGAAGUCAAAUUGUUGAAACAGUUAAUUUUUUAAGAGAAGCAAGUUGAAAAUUUCAAAAUUUCAGAAAAAAUGUAAUGUGCCGAUUGAAAACCAAUCCAAGAUUUUUUAAAAAUCCAAACUUUGAAACAGUGAAUUUUUUUGUCAAAAAUUUUUUUUUAAUGUUUGCCACGUGGAUUUUUUUUUGAUUCACUAGAAAAUCAAUUAAAAUUUUCAAAAAACCAGUCAUGUUCGGUCUCAAAAAAUUGCAAAUUCCAAGCUUUUUUCAAAAAUCCUGCAAUUUUUCAGUUCCAACGUCUCUUCCGCCAAUAA